AUGCCAAAGUCAAAGUUAACUGGUCCUUGCUUUAUUCAUAAUUGUUAUAAAAAUUCUAACAAUUUUAGAUGUUUAUCUGAUAGAGCUAUAGAAAAAGCAACUUAUAAAGGAAAUCUUCAAAGAUAUCCUUAUUUACAACAAGGUCAACAAAUUUGUUUUCCCCAUUACAUGGCUAUUGUUAAAAAUCCUCCAUCUGUUAAAGAAAGAGAAGAAAGAGAAAAAGAAAUUAUUCAAUAUAUCAACCUAAUUGAAACAAAUAUCAUACCAGCAUUUUCAACAUCCUUUGACAUAAAUUUAUCAUUUGGUCCUGAACCCAAUUAUGAGAAAAUCAUCACAGAAUACAAAAUGUUUCAUUAUGAUAAAUCAUUUAUUUAUGAUUAUAGAGGUAUUUUAUCUGAGCUUGAUAUUGCUAUGAAACUUGGGAUGAAUAGAAGAGUAAUGCUAUCAUUAUUCAAAUUGGAUUAUCAGAAAGUAAUCAUGUUAAGAGCCAUGAAAAAAAUAUUCAUCCUGUAUGGUGGGGGAACUUCAUUGAUGUUAUGGUUUAACUGGACCAUCAUCAAAUUGAUCCAUCAGAUAGAAAUCAAUAUGCAACCAGAUUUCCCAUUUGAUAUGGUCCAUGCACAAUUUUUAUUAUUGGAAUUGAUAAAUUGUAUGCCAGUGUUGGUAAUAGAUAGGUGGGAUGCAAAAAUAUCAAACCAUGGUGAUAUUUCUUCUAUCGAUCAUAAUAAUAAUUCAAUAUGUCAUGUUAGUAGUGAUGGUGAUGACAAUAGUAAUAUAUCACAACAAUCAGCAUUAAAACAAUACCUCGCAUCUUCUUCAUCUUCAGCAUCUAAACAACAGUGUAUUUCAUCACUAUCUACAUCAAAAGGCAAUUUUGAAAUUGAAGAUUUAGUUCAAGGAUUAUCAAACGUUAAAGUACACCAUCAUUGA